UAUCUUUUUCCUUCCCCCUACCUUUCCAUAGGCUUGUCUUGUUGUUACCAUGCAAAGGACAACUUAAUGUGCCGGGAUGUCUGUGAACAGAUUUUGUCUUCUAAGAGUGAUUCCCGUUUGAAGCACUUACUGCAGCGAGCACCCGAAUAUUGUCCAGAAUCAAUGGGAGAAGUGUGGGGUUGUAUAAAUUCUUCUUUGCCAGGAGUUUUGAAGAAGUCGGACGGGUGGGUCGGAUUAGGUUGCUGCGAGCUCGCCAUUGCUGUGGAGUGUCGGCAGGCGUGUAAACAGGCUUCUGCAAAGAAUGAUGUCUUAAAGGUCUGCAGGAAGGAAUACGAGAAUGCUCUCUUUAGUUGUAUUAACAGAAAUGAAAUGGGGUCAGUCUGUUGCAGUUACGCGGGUCAUCAUACAAACUGUCGGGAAUAUUGUCAAGCAAUUUUUCGGACAGACUCUUCUCCUGGUCCUUCACAAAUCAAAGCAGUUGAAAAUUACUGUGCAUCUAUUAGCCCUCAGCUCAUACACUGUGUGAACAACUACACACAGUCAUAUCCAAUGAGAAAUCCUACGGAUAGUUUGUAUUGCUGUGAUCGAGCAGAAGACUAUGCGUGUCAGACUGCUUGUAAAAGAAUCCUAAUGUCAAUGAAAACAGAGCUUGAAAUUGUUGAUGGGCUCAUAGAAGGCUGUAAAACCAUGCCUCUCCCUCAGGAUCCACUUUGGCAAUGUUUUCUGGAGAGUUCAAGAUCUGUUCACCCCGGCGUCACCGUGCACCCUCCGCCUUCAACGGGCCUCGAUGGAGCGAAGCUCCAUUGCUGUUCCAAAGCAAAUUCUUCCACUUGUAGAGAGCUCUGCACUAAACUUUAUAGCACGAGCUGGGGCAAUUCACAGAGCUGGCAAGAAUUUGAUCGCUUUUGUGAGUAUAAUGCAGUUGAAGUUUCCAUGUUGACCUGUUUAGCAGAUGUACGAGAACCUUGUCAGCUGGGCUGUAGAAAUCUAUCUUACUGCACUAAUUUUAAUAACAGACCAACAGAACUUUUCAGGAGCUGCAAUACUCAGUCAGACCAGGGAGCCAUGAAUGACAUGAAGCUCUGGGAGAAAGGGAGUAUUAAGAUGCCGUUUAUAAAUAUUCCUGUGCUCGAUAUUAAAAAAUGCCAACCAGAAAUGUGGAAGGCAAUUGCCUGCUCACUGCAGAUUAAACCUUGCCACAGCAAAUCUAGAGGAAGUAUUAUCUGCAAAUCAGAUUGUGUGGAAAUACUGAAGAAAUGUGGAGAUCAUAAUAAAUUCCCUGAAGGCCACUCAGCUGAAAGUAUUUGUGAGCUCUUAUCUCCAACAGAUGACUUGGAGAACUGUAUCCCUUUGGAUACAUACCUGAGCCCAAGUUCUUUAGGUAACAUUGUAGAAGAUGUUACACAUCCAUGUAAUCCGAAUCCAUGUGCAGCUAAUCAGUUAUGUGAAGUAAAUAGAAAAGGAUGUCAAGCUGGAGAGCUGUGUCUCCCAUAUUUGUGUGUGCCAGGUUGCAAACUGGGAGAAGCCUCAGACUUUAUUGUCCGUCAAGGCACGCUUAUUCAGGUUCCAUCCUCAGCUGGUGAUGUUGGUUGUUACAAGAUUUGUACCUGUGGACACAGUGGAUUGCUAGAAAACUGCAUGGAAAUGCGUUGUGUUGACCACCAAAAGUCAUGCAUUGUUGGAGGACAAAGAAAAAGUCACGGAACGUCGUUUAAUAUCGAUUGUAAUGUCUGUUCAUGUUUUGCUGGAAACUUGAUAUGUUCUACGCGUCAGUGCCUCACUGAGCAUAGUUCCGAAGAUGAACGUCGGAAGUUCACAGGUUUACCAUGUAACUGCGUAGAUCAGUUCGUGCCAGUGUGUGGUCAAAACGGACGCACGUAUCCAAGCGCAUGUAUAGCUCGUUGUGUUGGGCUCCAGGACAAUCAAUUCGAAUUUGGAUCAUGUAUUUCCAAGGAUCCUUGCAACCCUAACCCUUGUAAUAAAAAUCAGAGGUGCAUACCAAAGAAACGAGUUUGCCUGACUAGUUUUGGAAAAUUCAAAUGUAGCCAGCAUGAAUGUGUGCCGAGGCAGUUAAAUUGUGACCAGACACGGGAUCCUGUUUGUGACACAGACAACGUGGAAUACAGCAACUUGUGCACUUUGUACCAAAAAGGAAAAAGUUUAGCGUACCAAGGACCGUGCCAGCCGUUCUGCAAACCGGCGGAACCCGUUUGUGGACACAACGGGGAAACCUACAGCAGCGUCUGCGCCGCCUAUUCCGACCGCGUGGCCGUUGUCCACUGCCAGGCUGUGGGUGUCCUCUCGGACUACGGCUUCCACACGGAGUGUGCCUUUGUCAGAUGCCCCCCGCUUUCUGCUACUGGCUGCAAACCAGUUAUUGCACCAGGAGCCUGCUGUCCACUAUGUGCUGGAAUGCUGAGAAUCUUGUAUGACAAAGACAAGCUGGAUACUUUUGCAAGGGUGACAAAUAAAAAGCCUAUAACGGUACUCGACAUACUGGAAAAAAUCCGCCUGCAUGUCUCGGUGCCGCAGUGCGACGUGUUUGGAUACCUAAGCAUAGAAUCCGAAAUUGUGAUUCUCAUCAUUCCUGUGGAUCAGAACCCCAAACCACUGCAGAUUGAAGCCUGCAAUAAAGAAGCAGAAAAGAUAGAGUCGCUGAUAAAUUCAGACAGUCCCACAUUGGCGUCACACGUCCCGCUGUCAGCAUUAAUUGCAUCUCAAGUCCAAGUUUCCUUCAGCAUUUCUUCUCCUUCAGUUCAGGUGGUGCCUGUUCUGCACUCCCUGUCCAUCAGCCUUUUCCUCACCUUGUCAGGAUUAACAUAUCCCGUGUAACUGCUUGGAAAAUACGCACGAGUGGUGCGGUGGUUUGUAUCGUGAAGGACGUUCGGAACGUUGAUCAC